CAGCACUCCUUCUCAAUUGUUCUCUACCAAAUGUCAUCACUCAUCAGUCAUUUAUUGUAAGGUUAAGUUAAGGUUAUAUUGCUUAUAAUGUAGGAAUAUGUUAAUAUUUUUCAAAAAUCAUCCAAAUGUACUAGGAGCAUCAAAAUUGAUAAGGAAUUUCUAGAAUUUGUUUUUGCGAACAUAUAAUGAGCCGUCACGAAGGUGUCAGCUGUGAUUCAUGUCUAAAGGGUAAUUUCAGAGGUAGACGAUACAAAUGCCUUGUGUGCUACGAUUAUGAUCUUUGUGCUGCAUGUUAUGAAGCAGGAGCCACCAAUACAAGACAUACAACUGAUCAUCCCAUGCAGUGCAUAUUGACUAGAUCUGAUUUUGAAUUGUACUAUGGUGGAGAAGCUUUAACCAGUGUGGAAUUGCCCCAAUCAUAUACCUGUCCUUACUGUUCUCGUAUGGGCUUCACUGAUGUCACAUUACAAGAACAUGUAACUGCUGACCAUCAAGAUACUAAUUUUGAAGUUGUUUGCCCUUUAUGUGCUGCAAUGCCGGGUGGGGAUCCAAAUUUAAUGACUGAUGAUUUUGCUGGGCACUUGAGUCUUGAACACCGUACUGGUCCAAGAGAUUUGAUAUCUUUCUUGGAUGAACCAGUUGGGACAAGACAUAAUGUCCGCCGUAUGCCUCAUAAUGCCAGUCACUCAACUACCCAUAUGGGAAGGGGUGCAGCUGCUCUAAGGCCUAGAAGAAGUAACAUGCAUUUCAGUGUUUUUAGUUCUGGGGGACUCUCUUCUCUAUCUCCAUCUUCAAGAGACUCAGUGGACCCAAUUGCUGAACUCUUAUCUCAACUGUCAGGUGUUCGUAGAACUGCCAGCAACACGAACAGCAGCACCCCGACUCAGCUGCAACAGUUGCAAAUGCAAUUGCAGCUAGAGAGGCAGCAAGUUAAUGCUGCAAGGCAGCAAAUAGAACGUUAUCCAAGGAGGCAAACGCAGUGCCAAACACUGCGGGAACCGAGCACUUCGAAUUGCGGCACUUCCACCAUGAUGCUCAACGCUUCGCCAAUACUGGUGCAGCCUGCAGCCAGCGCUCCUAGUGCCCCGACACCACAAUCGCAGUUUUUGCUGACAGGACUACUAGAAGAGUUAUCACUCCACCAAACUACUAGUGAACAAACUAGACAGGAGCGCAGUCGAUUUGUGCAAGAAUUAAUAGUUUCUUCGACCGAACAGUCCGAUGAUAGUGAUGGAAAUUCGAUGCAACUGAAACCGUUAUUAAAAUUACUCACAUCUAGUCCGCAAGAUUUAUUAAGUGAAGAAGAAAUAGGGUCAAAGCCAGUUCCGCGACAGGGUAAUGUAGUACUUCGCGGGAGAGCAAGAAGUGAUGCUCAGAAUGCUAAAAGAAGAGCAGAAGCAAACCGUGCUAGUUUAGAAGUGAAAAAUAAGAAUGGAAAUGAGGAACCAAGUAUUUCCAACACAUAGUUUAUUGAAAUAACUAAAACUUGUUCAACCAAUGUUUUCAUUGAACUGAAGCUGAUAUUGAAUUGUUGAUAAUCUUGGAAGUUUCGUAUUUUUGUUUGUGUAUAUUGAGUUUCUUUGUUUAUCUGUCAACUAGUUGGCAGUUUAUUUAUUUGCUUCUACGAACAUAAAGUUAGAUGAUUAACAUAAACAACACAUCAAAUAUGUGAGUUAAUUCGUAUAUUUACUUAUAAUAAAAAUAAUGUGCACACAUAAAA